AUGAGCGCAGGGAAAGUCUCCACCUCAAAUUCCAGAACAAACACAUCACCACCAACAACACAACAUGUAAACAUGCCCUGGCCACGGAUCCAAUUCCACGAGCUCGGCGACCAACCAUGGUGCCCCUCCUGGCUACACCACCACGAACAAUUCUCCCUCUCACAGCUCUGGAACCUGCGCGUCCCCUUCUGGAGCCACGGCAGCCUCGCCACCCAAGCCUGCGCCGUGAUCAAAGAACACCUAACCAAUCCAUCCGCAUACACCAUCGUCGAUGUCUGCGCAGGCGCAGGGGGUCCAACACCGCUUAUCGAGCGCGAACUAAACCGCAAUUCCGACAGAGACGGUGUCGAGCCCGUGCGGUUUGUGUUGACGGACAUGUUCCCGCCGGUGGAUGUGUGGGCGGGGAUCGCGAAGAAGCAGCCGAACAUUGAAUUUGUGGAGAGCGCGGUUGAUGCGCGAUCCGUUGGACGAUUGUCCAAAAAAGAAGGGGGGAAAGAGUGCCGCAUUUUCAACAUCUGCUUCCAUCAUUUCGACGACGCCGACGCAGCAGGUAUCCUGGGCAGUGCCGUGCGGGAGGCGGAUGCAUUCAUGGUCUUUGAAAUCACCGCGCGCCAGGUCUCAACGUGUCUAUUCUCGCCGCUGGUGUUUUUCUGGGGCUUCUACGUGACGUUGCUCUGGUACUGGCAUUCGCCGGUGCAUUUGCUCUUUACGUUCUUGGUUCCUGUCGCUCCGGUGGCGUUGUGGGUUGAUGGGUUCAUCUCGUGUCUGCGGACGCGCACGCCGAGCGAGAUCAGGGAGUUGGUGAGUCGGUCGGGGGAGGAUCUCGAUGGAUGGGAGUUUCGCAGUGGGGAGAAGAGCGUGCAGUGGCCGUUUAUUACUUUGUACUAUUAUGUUGGGAGGCGGGUGACUGACUGA